CCACAUGUCCUCAUCGCUAUUAAAAGUUGCCGGAUACAAAUAUAUCGCAACUACACAAUAUUUCUCCCUACUCUGUCCUUUCAAAUUUCCUGAUCAAGCAAAAUUAAAUUAAUUAAAAAUAUAGCCUCUGCUACGUGCUCAGUAAAUUACCUGCUAUAGCUCACUCACACUACACUCUACACACUUCUCUUCUCUGGCCUAAAGUGACACGACGGGAAGGCAACACUACUCAACAGAGACGGAAUUCUGCUGCAGAGAGAGACGCUUCCUCCGCUUCAAGUAAUUCUUCUCUCUGUUUCUCUUGCUAUCGACUUACAUUUCCCCAAAAAAAUGGUCCGAUCAUCUGCUGUUUCCUCGUUGUUGCUAUAUGCUUCUUCAAUUUCUGUUGUCCAAAUACCUUUGCCUAGGGCAUCUAUGACUAUGAGUCGAAAUCUAGGGUUUUGUUUCUGUCAGCUCUUUGUGAAUCGUUCAAUGGUGUUGUUUUGGGAGGGAGGGCCUUGGCGCUUGGGAAGUUGGGAAUGUGUGGGUUUCUUGCUGUUGAAUGGCGGUGGUGAGAUUCCUGUUUCAGAGGCUCGUGAUCACUCGUUGUAUGCUUGCAUGCGUAUUGUUCUUCCAUUUUCAUGCUCUGGCUCGCCCUGCUUUCGAAGUGGAGUCCGAUCCUGGAGUAUUGGUUGCUCUGGUUUGCACUUGGUUCAUGCAGUUGCAUGAACUCAGCUUCAUUUUCUGUUUUUGGUUCUGUGUGCAGCAUAAUGGAGCAUGAUUCAGGGGACGACAUCAGUGACUCAGAGAUCGAUGAUCAUGUAGACGAGCCAUAUCAUCAGUUGAGAUCUGGAGAGUUUAAAGUGAAGGUAAAUGACAUCCUAAGGUGUCCAUUCUGCGCUGGGAAGAAGAAGCAGGACUACAAGUACAAGGAUUUGCUUCAACAUGCUUCGGGAGUGGGUAAGGGAGCUGCCAGCAGGAGUGGGAAGCAAAAGGCUGACCAUCUUGCCUUAGCCAAGUAUUUGCAAGUUGACUUGGCGGGUGAGGCUGACGAAACCCAGACAAGGGUCUUACCACAGCCCCCCACACAUGCUGCAAAUCAGAUGGAGCAGCUUGUAUGGCCACCGAUGGGGAUCGUAAUGAACAUAUCGAUCAAGUCUGAAUUGCUGGAUGAUGGUUAUUGGUUGGAAAAGUUUGCUAAGUACAACCCUGCAAAUGUGCAUAUCCUAAUCAAUGAAGAAAUCCAAAAAGCUCAAGUGGUGGUGAAGUUUAGCAGUGAUUGGAAUGGUUUUACUAAAGCGAGGGAGUUUGAUAAGUCUUUUAUCAGUGAGCAUUGUGGUAAGGUGGACUGGAAGGCAUGUGGAAGUGAUCCUGGCUCAAGGAUGUAUGGCUGGACUGCACAUCAUGAUGACUAUGAUUCUGAAGGUCCAAUUGGAAAGUACCUAAGAAAACAAGCAAAGCUCACGACAGUUUCCUGUAUUGCUCAAGAAACCAGUGAAAGCAUAAACAGCGUUGUUGCAAGCCUGACUGAGAAAAUUUAUAAGACCAAUCAGAAUCUGGAUGAGUUGCAGCACAUGUACAACAAGGACGCCAUGACAUUCAGUAGAGCACUCGAAGAGAAGGAUCAGCUACAUCUUGCUUUUGAUGAAGAAAGCAAGAAGAUGCAACGAGUUGCACAAGAAAAUGUGCUUAGAAUCUUGGCUGAGCGUGAAAGGUUGAUCAGUGAUUUGGAAUCGCGGGCGAAGAAAAUUGAUGAACGGGCUAAAGAAUUGAGCAAGCGGGAAACACUGACAGAUCGUGAAAGGCAAAGGCUUGCAGAAGACAAGAGAAAGAAUGAAGUGGUUAACGAGUCACUCCAUUUGGCAUCCAUGGAGCAGCAGAAGGCUGAUGCUAAUGUCCUGAGACUGGUUGAAGCGCAGAAGAGGGAGAAGGAUGAGGCCUUACAAAAGAUUCUUCAGCUGGAAAAGCAGUUAGAGUCCAAGCAGCAGCUGGAAAUGGAAAUUCAACAGUUGAAAGGGAAACUGAAUGUGCUGAAGCAUCUUGAGGAUCAAGAUGAUGAAGCAGUUAAGAAAGCUAUGAAAGAGAUGGAUGAUGAGUUGGCAGAAAAAAUAUCUGAUCUUGCGGACAAAGAUUCUCUUAUGACAACUCUAAUGGUCAGGGAGCGCCAGAGUAAUGAUGAAGUUCUAGAGGCACGGAAAGUAAUGCUACAGGGCUUGAAGAAAAUGUCCACUGGUAAUGCUAAAACGAACAUUGGGAUAAAGAGAAUGGGCGAACUCAAUCAGAAGCCGUUCCUUGAUGCUUGCAAACAAAGAUUUCCAUCUGAGGAAGCAGGAGUCAAGGCUCUAGAGCUCUGUAGCUUGUGGCAGAACAAUCUGACAGAUUCUCAGUGGUACCCUUUCAAAGUCAUUACUUCAGACGGGGUUGAAAAGGAAAUUGUAGAUGAACAAGAUGAAAAGCUGGAAAGUCUGACGGAGUGGGGUGAGGGGAUUGUCAAUGCAGUUGUUAGGGCAAUGGAAGAGUUGAAUGAAUACAAUCCAAGUGGGAGAUAUCCUGUAGAGGAAAUCUGGAACUUCAGAGAAGAUAGGAGAGCCACAACCAAGGAGGUUAUUACUUACAUUUACAAGCAAAUCAAGAGUACCAAGCGCAGGAAACCUUGAAGCUCAACGGGUUAGUAACUCAAUCACCUACCUUGACAGCACAAAAUAUAACCUUAUGUUAAAAUUCAUGUGAGUUCUAAUGUACAUCUACCUUGUGCUUACGUCGGCUGCUGCAUGCAUUCACAUCAGGUAACACUUUUGGUCUUCUGAAGGAAGAGAAGAUGAAGGGGUAUUAUGUAAGUAUGUAGUUACUACAAAUAGGGUACUAACCAAGUGGAAAGCCAAAGCUGGAAGGAGCAAAACUGUGGAGUUGUCUCCAGUGAAUACACUGCUUAGUAUAGUUAUGAAAGUAGUUGGAUUCUAAGACCUGAUCUCGUCCAUGGCUGCCAGAAAAUAUGUCUGGCUUUUUUGAAUGCCCCUUUAUAUUGUAUGUUCUUAGGACUUCUUUUGAGAAUGUUGGGGGGAAAUGCCAUCUUACUUUACGCACAAACUAGCUUUGUGUUCGGGUAGGCUGAGUUUCGGUUAUCUUAAUUCAUUGACAGUAUUGCUUAAACUAUCAUAUGAGGUAGGGAGCGGUUAGCUUGCUAACCCCCACAAGGGGUCUGAUUUUUGAGGAUGAAAUAUCAAAAUCUAAAAAUACAUAUGUUUUUAAACA